AUGAACGACGACGCCUCCUCGUCUCCGGCUUCGUACAUCAGACUGGUGCAGCAUCUGAUCGAGAAGUGCAUCUGCUACAAAAUGAACAAGGAGGAGUGCAUGGAGACGUUGGAGAAGCACGCCAAAAUCAUGCCCGUCAUCACAUCCACCGUGUGGAAGGAGCUGGAGAAGGAGAACAGGGAGUUCUUCGAGACGUACAAAAAGGAUCGGGGAGGAGGAGGCCCGAACCCGAACCAGGAAGCGUCUACUACUAGUCAUCAUCCUUCGCGCGUCCAACAGAGCUGCGGCUCACAAGCGUCGACGACGACGCUGCAGAAGAAUCCAUAUGGUGAACAGGAACAGCGCGUCGUGGAGAAUAAGGAGAACAGGAAGAAUCCAUCUCAUGAACAGGAACAGCGUGUCGUCGUGGAGGAGGAGAAGAGGAAGAAUCCUGCUGCUUCCAAGAGCUCAGGCGACGACGACAACCAGAACUCUCGCUCGAUUAAUUAG